UAAACGAAGUACCAGCAAUUUUAUCGUUGGUGUUAACACAAUGGCGACUCUUUUUAGAAAAAAUGAAGAAUUGCACGAGCUACAGAGAGAAGCAGUGAAGGCUUUACAAGUGGGAGCCAUACCCCACCACGGGCCAGUGGAGCUCCAGGAGGAGGAGAACUAUGUGAUGCUGGUUGGAGAAGAGAGAGUACGUCUUCAACCUCACGCAUUAGAAGAUCCUCAAGUGCAACACUUGAUAAAAACUAUCAUUAAGUGGGUUAAUGAGACUCUUGAGGAUCGGAGGAUUAUUAUUCGUGACAUUGCCGAGGACUUUUAUGACGGACAAGUCCUCUCUGAGCUGUUAGAGGUCCUUACUGGUCAGAAGUUCAUGGCGGCCGGUGUGACGAUGAGUGUUGUACUCCAGAAGGCCAAACUGAAAACUGUUCUUGAUAAAAUAGACAGAAUAUUACAGAUACAUCCUGAUGACCCUGUCCACAAGUGGAAUGUGGAGUCUAUUCAUAGUAAAGAUGUUGUCUCAAUUCUUCAUUUGCUCGUUGCUCUGGCCAGUUACUAUCGCUGUAAACAUCACAUUCCUCAAAAUGUCAAAAUAAAAAGAAUUUAUUUAAAACAACAUCAAAAUCGUCUUGAGACUAAACUGUAUGAAGAAGAGAUCACUAGCAGGGACUAUGGGCCAAGGGCUCCUGAGCCUUCAGCUGAUAAAGAUGUUUUUGAUAAACUAUUUUCUGAAGCUCCAGAAAAACUGGAAGCAGUUAAAAGAUCUUUGUGUCAGUUUGCAAGUAAGGUAUUGGCUGAACUUGACAUAUUAAUAAUGGACCCUGAGAAUCAAUUCCACAAUGGCGUUAACUUCAUUCUACUCAUGGGAAUAUUGGAAGGAUACUUUGUACCAUUGUACUUAUACCACCUCAGUCCAACCACUGUGGAUCAGAAAAUUAAUAAUGUUCAAAUGGCCUUUAAGCUAAUGGGAGCAGCUGGACUAGCAGAAGCAACCACCAAAAUCAAUCCACAAGAUGUUGUUCAGCGAGAUUUGAAGAGUAUACUUCGUGUUUUGUAUGCCAUUUUUACUAAAUAUAAAGCUCAAGUUCAAGCAGGGACAGUUGGACCUCCCACCCGCCCAAUAUCAACCGUAUCUACAUAAUAACAUACAGUACUCCUUCAUCUUGUGUAGUGUUUAGUGGAUUUUAGAACAAUACAUGUGAUCAUUAAUAUUUUAAUUGUCUUCAUUUUAUUAUUUUAAAACAACUACAA